AUGGCAUAUAAUGGCCUGAAAAAAGCGGUUACACUCGCGCCAAGUGUGAGGACGCUUCCUUCUGGGGUCCCUGCUGCUCCUCUUCUCAAUCUCUCUGCGCGAGCCCCCGCUGACCCUCAUGCUCAUGGUCAUGGCGCAGUUGGACCCCGUUCUGACACUCCUCCUCGCUGGACUGGCGGCGUCUCCAACACAUCUUCAGGUUUGUUUCUCCAACUACACCUUUUUCUGCCCGUUUCCUGCAUACCACCCCCCGCUGUAAAAGAGGCACCAGAGGUCCCCGACUUUGGCCACUACCGCGCCAAUGACAACGACUCCAACCGCGCCCUCUCAUACUUCAUGGUUGGAACUCUCGGUCUUGUUUCCGCUUCCGUAGCGAAAUCCAGCGUUACCGAGUUCCUCAAGACAAUGUCCGCGUCAGCCGAUGUUCUUGCACUGGCCAAGGUCGAGAUUGACCUGAACACGAUUCCGGAGGGCAAGAAUGUCGUCAUCAAAUGGCGUGGCAAACCCGUUUUCAUCCGCCACCGCACCCAGAGCGAGAUUGACGAGGCCCGCGAGGUCAACUGGCAGUCGCUUCGUGACCCUGAGAGCGACGACAUGCGUGUCAAGAAGCCUGAAUGGCUAAUCAUGCUUGGAGUCUGCACUCAUCUGGGUUGUGUGCCUAUUGGCGAGGCGGGAGACUACGGAGGAUGGUUCUGUCCUUGCCAUGGUUCUCACUAUGACAUUUCUGGUCGUGCCCGCAAAGGGCCUGCACCUCUCAACCUCGAAAUCCCGACGUACGAAUUCAACGAGGCGGAAGGGAAGGUCAUCAUCGGAUAG